CCGGAUUGGUUGGGUUUGGGCUGAGUCUGGUGUGCGUCUGAGACCCAGUUAGGUGCAGUAAAAAGGAUCUUGAGCAGCUCCGCUGAAGCAGGGGGUAGCUUGGUCUGGCCAAUCAUGGGAGAGAUCGACGCCAGAUCUCACAAGGUGAAACACACGACAUGGCAACGCGAGCAAGGGCCGGCGUCGUAAGAUGGCCACGUCGCCGCGGUGCGGUGCCAGGCAGCCCGAUGUCUGUAUGUGCAGCAGCCGUCAUCUGUACCUCGUAUAUGACGAUGGGGCGCAAUUCUUCCGUUGGGGAAAAAUUGGAAGAUGCAGAUGGGCCGGGUUCAGCUUCCGUCGCUUCGGGAUCGGAUCCAGCGGAUGCAGGGCCGCUGAGGGGGCUUUCAUUUUUAGUGGCGAUGAUGAGUGUUUGUCUUGCUAUGUUUAUGAGAGGCGAAAUUAAAGGUGACGCCGGCUUUGUCGAGCAUUGAUGAGCCCCGACCAGCAUUCGACGGCGUCCAGCUUGAGAUUGAGG